AGAAGACAAUGGCAGGAGAAGAUAUAAAGGAAGAGGCUGAAGGGCAAACCCAAGUUUGAGCCAAUCCCAAAUCUAUUUAGUAUUUUAUACUUUGACACUUCUCACUCCAUUUCCAUAUAGCUCCUCUUUCUUACCCACACAGCAAGAAAAUGGAGCUCCAACCCAACCAAAAUGCCCAAACCUCUACUCCAGACCCAAUAUCAGACCUUGAUAACCCCAACAAUGGCUUUCCUUUCUCUGCCCAACAACCCCAUCUCUUUUCUGAUGAUUUUGACAGCACUUGUUCCACUCCUUAUGUUAGUGCUCCUUCUAGCCCCGGCCGUGGCCCUGCUUCCGGACCUAUUAAUGGUGGUUUCUUUUACAGUUGCCCUGCAAGCCCAAUGCACUUCGCUAUUACAUCUACUGCUGCUUCAUACUCUGCGUCAGCUGUUUCUUCACCGGAUAAUGGUAAUGGCGGCUCUGUGCCUGUUGGGUAUGAGUUUGAAUUCUCUGCAAGACUUGGGUCCAGUGGUUAUGGUCAAACUGGGUCUAUGAGUUCUGCUGAUGAGUUGUUUUUGAACGGCCAAAUCCGUCCCAUGAAGCUAUCGACACAUUUGGAGAGACCCCAAGUGUUGGCGCCGUUGUUGGAUCUUGAAAAUAAAGAGGAAGGGGAGGGUGAGGAGUAUGAUAUGGGUAUUAAGAAUGGUGGAAGAAUAGUUAGUGGCGGCGGGAGUACAAGAGGCAGAGAUCUGAGACUGCGUGAUAAAUCUUUACGUCGAAGAACCAGAUCUAUGUCUCCACUAAGAAGUAUUUCUUUGGAGUUCGUUAAUGAUGAUGAUGAAGAUGGCAAGAAGAAUGAGAUCUAUGGCUCCACUGAUGAGUCUUGUGGGGCUUCUUGUUUGGAAGCUAAUGGGAGUAUCAAGAUUGAAGAAGAAGCAGCAGCAACUCUAUCAGUUUCUGCAUCUUCUUCUAGGUCAUCUUCAGCUGGAAGGAACUCAAAAAGAUGGGUUUUUUUGAAAGAUUUUCUUUACAGAAGCAAAAGUGAAGGGAGGAGCAAUAAUAAGUUCUGGUCUAAUAUUUCUUUUUCACCAGCAAAGGAAAAGAAGUCCAUGAACACAGCGGCAGCAGCAGGUGUUCAAGUUCCUGCCACAACAAAAGAAAAGCUUGGAAAUGCCUCAAAUGAGAAUCAAAAAGUUAAGGGAAGUGGAAUAGCUUCAGGGAAGAAACCAAUGAAUGGGGUAGGGAAGAGAAGGGUACCGACAUCACCUCAUGAGUUGCAUUAUAAGGCAAGUAAAGCACAGGCAGAGGAGAUGAGGAAGAAGACCUUCUUGCCUUAUAGACAAGGACUACUUGGGUGCUUGGGGUUUAGUUCAAAGGGCUAUGGAGCCAUGAAUGGAUUUACUAGGGCUCUGAAUCCAGUUUCCUCAAGGUAUACUUUGCUCUGUGGGUGCUAGAAAUGUCUGAGAUGCUCAGGACCCAACUCCUCCAAGGUGGUGACCUGGUGGUGAAGUAUUUCUAUUUGCAUAUUCGAUUCUCUCUGCUGUAUUCUAUUAUGUAUAAUGCUUGAAUAUGAAUUUUAUUGUAUGGUCUCAUCAUGAUCAACGGUUCCCAACUCCAGAUAAAACUUAAGUUUAAUUUUGAGAUAGGAGUAUUCAAUGGUAGUUUUGAUUCUAAAUUGAAUUGAAUUAAUUGUACGAUUGAAGCACUUAGAAAUACAAAUCAAAUUAAAUCGAAA